CUGGAGACGAACGGACACGUGCGCGAAUCCGUGCUCGGGUUGAACUGAUUGGGCUUGAUCCGUUUUCUAUCGGUCAGUGUGUGUAUUUUAGCCUUUUCGCCUGCUCCUCAGUGCCAGUGCCGGAUAGUUAGUGCCCGGGGUGGUGUGAGGUGCUGGCCCCGUGCAGUUAAUUUUAUGCACAUUCUGAACUGCAGGCGCUGACGGGUUCGGUGCAGAAAGUGUGUGCCAACGAGCCGAAGGAUUCGUGAGCCGAGUGUGCUUCCGGAAUAUCAGUGUCGACGAGUUGAGGUUACCGGACGAACUAAAGGGGGGAGGUGGAAAGAUGGAGGGAGGAGAGCCUUUACGUGCUAGCAAGCCGUAUCCGACUGGGUGCUAAUGAUCCGAAAACGAAGAAAAUCCUGAAUAGAUUUAGUUCUUGCAGCCUUGCUCUAGCGCUGCGCUCUGUGUGUUUCGCAGCAGAAAAAUGUGCUGUUAAUUGUGGAUUGCCAUUGCUGGUACGGUACAGGAUCUCGUUCGUUCGUUCGUUCGGUGUGUGCAUAGUAACUCUCUGAAGGGAAUAAGUGUCGUGUUGGUGUAAAGUUGAAACGCGACAACACAAUAUGAAAGUGAACCACUAUCCACCAUCCACCACCCACCAACCGCCAAUCCUGUGUGGUGGGGUGGAGAGGGCACCGAGGGUGAAAACAUAAACCCACCGCCCCGCUCGGUUCGGUUGCUGUUGUAGAAGAAAGCCGCCGCUGCAGUAAAUGUGAAAUGAUUUAUUAAUUGCACAUAACCGACGUUGUGGUACAAAAAAAAAUAAAUCAAACCAAAUGUUGGCAAAGUUGAAGUGUACACACACACCUAUACAAGAUACCGAAGCGAAACAAAAAGCUGCCAGUCUCCCCCGGUGGAAGUGGUCAAUGUUUGCGGCAAGAGAUAAAAACUUGUUAUUAGAGAUGUUGCUACCCCAUGUCAUAUGCAAACUAAUGUCGCUUGGCUCGAGUGGAUAUUACUGUCGCAACUCGCAACAGCAGCAGCAGAAGCAGUGAAUGAAUGUGCGGAACGUGAAACGUAAAACACCCAUCGAGUGAAAUUGCUGUUGGAAUUCGUUACUCACAAUCAUAUCGCAAACGUUGCUCGAGAAUAGCAGAACGACUGUGUGCUGGUGUUAAUGAACCAUCACAGCACCACAGCCCAUAGGUACACAGGAACCGGUAGUGCUGUUGUUGCUACUACUCUUGGCGGGCGGACAUGUACUUCUAAUUGAAAAUAAAACCAACCCGUAAAAUGCGAUACCGGCCCAGGUACGUGAGUGAAUUUAAUUAUAAAAAUGUCGUUGCGAAAACGAACUCAAAUUAAGGUGCGAGUCGGGCGGGAUUAAACUGGAGAAGUGAAACCAGUGUUCCGAUAGAGAAUAGAGCAGUAGUAGGCGAGAGAGAGAGAGCGACAAAAAAAAAUAAAUCCAGUGAAGUAGCAGGCAGGAAGGCAGGCAGUGAAACAUCAGCAAACCAUUGGUGCGCGAAAUGGUGACUCGGUGGCGGUGGCAAAUUAUCAGCACAACUCGUCAUACUACAGCCCAAUGGUAAUAGUGCAGUGCCGCUUCACUAUGAACACGAAGCUGAGACUAAUUGCAUCGUUGAUUAACUUCCUCGUCAUCGCAGUGGCAGACACGCUGAAUCCGGAUCUUCAAAUGUACUGGGAAAAUAGCAUGGUCCAGCCGUACUUCGAAAACACCACCAAGCGGGAGUUGACGGCCAUAGCCGGGCAGACGUGUCAGCUCCACUGCCGAGUCAAAAGUCUGGGUGACCGAGCGGUAUCCUGGAUACGGAAACGUGAUUUACAUAUCCUUACCGUUGGGAUACUGACGUACACCAACGAUCAGCGCUUCCAAUCGCUCCACACCGACGGCAGCGAUGAAUGGACGUUACGCAUAACGUCUCCCCAGGCUCGGGACUCCGGAGUGUACGAGUGCCAGGUUUCGACUGAACCGAAAAUUAGUCAAUCCUUCCGAUUGAACGUAGUCGUUUCGAAAGCCAAAAUUUUAGGAAACACCGAACUGUUCGUGAAAAGUGGCAGUGACAUUAAUUUGACCUGCGUCGCACUGCAAUCGCCACAGCCGCCUUCGUUCAUUUACUGGUACAAGGGCGGUCGAGUGAUCAAUUAUUCACAACGGGGUGGCAUCAGUGUCCUAACCGAGCAGCAAACCCGGACCAGUCGGCUAGUGAUAGCACGUGCAUCCCCCUCGGACUCCGGGAACUACACUUGCUCACCGAGUAAUUCCGAUUCCGCAAGCGUCGUGGUUCACGUUAUCAAAGGCGAACAUCCGGCCGCCAUGCAACAUGGCGUGAAUAGCGCCGAUUACGCAACCAAAUCGCAACCCGUCAUCGGUGUUCUCGUCGUAGCACUCUGUCUCCAGCUGCUGACCAGUGCGCUUCCCAAUAGAUAAAUCUACAUCAAUUUUUCAACCACAACAACAGAAACGAUGACUUCCCGAUCGGGCUGCUACCAGGAUUGCGAGGCGAUAAAAGAGAGAGCGUGGGUGUGUGUGUGUUUUCAUUUCUCUGCAUGAUUUCGACAGUACAUAAAACAUCCGUUUCCUGUCGCGAUCCGUUACCAUCCGCAACCACCCACCACCGCCCCGACCACAAACACGUUAGCAACGAAACGUGUGGUUCGAGGAAAGAAGUCGUAGAAGCCGCCGGUUAUUUUUCUCGCUCUCCUAAAUAAUGAUUGAUGGUGGUACGAGAUCGAUUUUAUUUUUAGCAUUGAGCGUCAAUAUUUGCCACCGAAACGCAGUUGGCGGCUUCCGGUUGCGAGGGAAACGCUACGAAAAGCAUCACAUCAAAGAGAAAAUUUGUCAACGCCGAUUGUUUAGGUAAACAGUUUGUGAAAUAAAUCAAUACACUAAGGACUAAAAGAAAACGAUAUUAUUAGCACAACAAGUGAAUAAAUCAUUUUAGGAACAUUUUAUUUUGCGUUGAAACAUAUUGUUAUUCUGUCAGGCAACUAGAAACAGGUUGCGGCGCACCGACGGGAUUCGUUGCCGAGGACCGAAUCGUGUCCCUAAACAGCCGUCGCACAUUUGUAAGUCAGUUACUAGCAUAAGACAGAAAUCGAGUUCAUCGGUGGCAUCGCGAAACGAGGAAAAACGGUAAUCGAUAAAUUUAAAUCAACACCCCUCACACCGUCGUAUCCCGUAUCCAGCCGAUGUCGAUUGGAAAAGUAGAAUCAGUAUCGGGCUUGAGCCCCUGAAUGCACAAAACGUUUCAUCAUUAUCUAGUUAUGCUGAUUCUGCUCUUCCUUCUGGAAACAUCACCGGAGUGUGUGCACCCAACUGAUACGGAAGGAAUUACGAUUGCUAAGAGAUUCAAUAUAUGUACAUACCAUACAAACAUCAUUCAGCAGGCAAAGUGCACCAGGGGUUCUCUUGCUUCGCAUGCCGUAGAACAGCAGGUCGGUUUGUGUGUAUUGAAAUUUGCAUCCAGCAAAAGUACCGACUGAAUCUGACGUGUUAAUAUUUGAUCUCUUGCUGCUAGAAACGAGCUCACCUGUAUGUGGCGAGUGGCAUUAAGUUGUUAGAAAAAAAAACAAAAGAAAAAAACAUAAAUACAUAGCCAGGAUUGCGCUUGUGUAUAAUAAUCUGUAAAAAAAAUGUAUCAGUAUGACGUAACGUUAAACUACGGAACAUAAAUUUUAAACAUCAUUAGACCUUGAUAGUUUACUAACAAACCGGAAGAAUUUUAACACUGCUUCGUUAAGUGACCACAGGCAAGCACAGUAGAUACGAAAUAGUUGAAUGUCCGGCUGGGGAGAUUCCAGUAAUCUCGGCCGGGAGGGAAAAAAUGUAUAAACACAAAAAAAAUUAGCUGAAUCUGAUAGCUACUAGCGGAAUAAGAGUGAAUGGAAUAAAGACGAAAUAAAAAUGAGAUGAAAUUGUAUAUUUAUGAA